AUGGCCUCACAUGACGAGGAUGAGACGUGGGGAUCUUGGAGGCCUCCGCAGGAGUGGGACGGAUGCGGCUCCGCCGCCGGGGGGAAGGGAUGGGCCGGCGGUGCCGGAUGUGGAGGUGGGCAGGUUCCGUCGUGGUGGUUGGGCGGCGAGGUACCUCCUUGGCCCGCGGCCGGAGGCGGAGGUGGACAGGUACCUCCUUGGCCCGCGGCCGGAGGCGGAGGCGGAGGUGGACAGGUGCCUCCUUGGCCCGCGGCCGGAGGUGGGCAGGAGGGGGCGCGCUUCAAGAAGCAGGGCAGGAUGCCACCAUCGAAGCUGAAGCGGCACGCCGAGUUUAACGCGGCAAAGGACGACGCCCGUUUGGCCUCGGCGUUCAAGGACAGCCGCAUCAAGGCCCUAGAGGCCCUCGUGAAGAGCCUCUCGGAGGAGAAGGAGCAGGUGGCGCGGGAGUCGGCGGCCAAGGACGUGAAGCUCGCCGUGGCGGAGACCAAGUUCCUGGAGCAGCAGAAGUGGACCGAGGGGUUCAAGGCGGAGGCGAUCUUCUUGCGGGAGGAGCUGGGCAAGGGCUCGCCCAACCGGGUUUUCAAGCCCAACCGGGUUUUCAAGGGUUCGCCCAACGGGAUUUUGCAGGGCUCGCCCAACCGGGUUUUCAAGCCCAACCGGGUUUUCAAGGGUUCGCCCAACGGGAUUUUGCAGGGCUCGCCCAACCGGGUUUUCAAGCCCAACCGGGUUUUCAAGGGUUCGCCCAACGGGAUUUUGCAGGGCUCGCCCAACCGGGUUUUCAAGCCCAACCGGGUUUUCAAGGGUUCGCCCAACGGGAUUUUGCAGGGCUCGCCCAACCGGGUUUUCAAGCCCAACCGGGUUUUCAAGGGUUCGCCCAACGGGAUUUUGCAGGGCUCGCCCAACCGGGUUUUCAAGCCCAACCGGGUUUUCAAGGGUUCGCCCAACCUCGUUUGA